GACAUUUGAUUCAAAUUGACGUCUCACUCAGCUGUUGACGAUCAAAUUAGAAGCUUAUUAGUUCGCUAUUAACACCUGAUAAAACAAAUAAUUUAAAAAACACGUGCAAGGAAGUGUGGAAAUAAUUAUAAAUCAAUGCCGAGGGUGGAAUCGUUGAGUACAGGGUGCAAGUGUCAGGACCUGGAGUUAUUAAGUCAAGACACUUUAAACUAUGGAGUCUCGCUUACGAUCAACUGCUCGAAGUUUUCGGACAGGAUCAGUUCUUUCUUCGCAAGAAGUAGAAACAAUUGAUAUAGCACUGGCUGAAUUUUUUUUUGGAUGCAAUAUCUCCUUCAACGUUGUUGAAUCGGUGCUCUUUAAACGAUUACUCGGAGAAUUUCGGAAUAGCCGCGACAACCGUUGGCGGAACGGUUUAUGGGGUUUCUUUUUGGAGGGGCUCUCAAAAAGUUCUGCCACUGGGUUUUCUUUUGUCGGAUCAACUCGCUUUAUUCUACUCAUUCUACUCCCCUUUUUUUCGCUGGUAUUUUAUUCUGACAGGGGGUGGUAUUGUUUUUGCGAGCUGUUCAGGGAUGGGGUACCGCCAGGGGAGAUUUAAUUGUUAAUGAUUGAUGAGGAAUCAGCCGAGAGGGACCAACCGCUUUCAGGGGAUCUCUCUCACUGCUCUGUAUCUGCUUCAUUAUUAAUGGGAGAAAAAUCUUUAUGGGACGUUUUUUCUUGGUGUUACUGCGAUCUACAAAAACGGUAGAGAGAAAAAUUUCGCUAUCUCUCUUCUAUCGCGAGAAAUUUCGUGGGAAUCUACUGAAAAUAUAUGGAUUUAGAUUUUCACGAGACGUACGUUGAGGGAUCGUAUCUCGGGAUUCGUCGGGAUGAGGAAAAAUUUUGUAGAAACUUUUUUCAAGAUAUUACUGCUAUCUCCAAUAAAGGAAUAUAUGAAAAUUUUGAUAUCUUCUGUAGAUCCGUAGAUAUUCCGUGAAAACCUCAUAGAAAACAAAUAAAUUCUCCUUUUGGGAUAUAAAAAUUAGUCAGGCGAUUUUUUUGGAUCAUGGCCCUGAGGCCCAGUGAUAUUUAAAUUAUCCGCGGUUUAUCUGGGGCUUGCGCACGUGUCCGCGGUAUUUCCGCGAACUACAGUGGAGGCAUGUCAGAAACUUAGCGGCACCGUGACACAUGUCUCAUAUUGGCGAUUGGAGAUCUGAGAUUUAAUUGAAUUUUUCGAAUUAUCAUCUCGUCAUGACGGAAAUCCGGGAGAAAUUGUGCUACGAGGACAAAGUGAUUUUGGCUCCGAUGGUGCGCAUUGGAACUUUACCCAUGAGGCUUCUUGCCCUCGACUACGGCGCCGAUAUCGUAUACACGGAGGAGAUCGUAGAUUUCAAGAUGAUGAGGUCGAUACGAAGGGAAAAUGAUGUCCUCGGAACAAUCGAUUACAUCGAUCGCACAGACGGUACGAUAAUAUUUCGCACCACCUCCAGGGAGAGCUCCAGGGUGGUUUUCCAACUGGGAACCUGCGAUCCCCUCCGCGCCCUGGAGGUCGCCAAACUGGUGGAGCAAGACGUCGCCGCCGUCGACAUCAACAUGGGAUGCCCGAAGAGUUUCUCCCUGAUGGGGGGUAUGGGUGCAGCUCUUCUCACAAAAGUGGAAAAGGCCACGGAAAUCCUCCGUACCCUGGUGAAAGGCCUCUCCAUCCCCGUCACCUGCAAAAUACGUGUAUUCCAGGACCUCCAGAAGACCCUCGAAUUGUGCGACGCCCUCGUCUCGACGGGGAUCUCUGCGAUUGCUGUACAUGGACGAACCGUCCACGAGAGACAGCAACACUCCAAUCGCAAUGAGACAAUUCGAGCAAUUGCAAAACACCUCUCCAUCCCGGUGAUAGCGAACGGAGGAUCAAAGGAGAUAGAAAAAUACUCGGACAUUGAAAAAUUCAAGAAUCAGACAGGCUGCAGCAGCGUGAUGAUAGCAAGAAGCGCCGAGUGGAAUUGCUCGAUCUUCAGAAAAGACGGACUCCUCCCGAUCGAGGAUGUCAUCAAGGCCUACCUGAAGUACGCUAUCGACUUCGAUAACUCUCCCUCCAACACGAAAUACUGCGUUCAGAAUAUCCUGAGGGAUCUCCAGGAGAGUCCCAUGGGGAAGCAGUUCCUGGCGGCUCAGACACUCGAGCAGAUCUGCCGAGUAUUCGACAUGGACGACUACUGCAGGGAGAAAUCCGAGGAAUAUCGGAACAGCGGCCUCCAGGGACGCUUCCAAGUCGAGCCGACGAGGGAGGGGGAUGGCACUGAUAAAGGCCUCAAGCGUAAACACGUCGAGGAGGAUGAUGAUGUCACGCUGAUGCGCUGUGCAUUUCUCAGGAACGGCUACAGCGACUUGGAAUUACCAAAGUCAAGGCUCCUGCAGUGGCUCAGGGAUAAUAAAAAAAAGGAUAUGCCUGUUUAUGACACUUGGAGGGAGGAUAAACUCUUCAGAUCGAUUGUCACUGUUGAUGGCCAGAAGUUCAGCUCCACUUUCUGGGAAAAAAAUAAAAAACGGGCUGAGCAGGGGGCAGCCCUCGUAUUCCUCUUGUCCAUGGGAGUCGUCGACGAGAAACAGCUGAUUGAAAGUGGUCAUCUGACGAGAUGAUCUUGAUGGCUCAUAUGCUUCUGUAUAUACUGAGAUUUAUACCUUGAGAUAAAUAAAACUACAUCCACUAAAUAAAA